AGAAAUCAGACUGCUUCUACUAACUGCAAAUCCUGUUAGACUGGAUCUACAACUAGUGUACAUAAACAGGAAGAGACUUGAUACUUCAAACAUAAUUAUUCCUCACACUCGGAUGGUGAACGAUGCCUGUUAUAAAAUGAACAGCCAAGAAAGGUAGACUCUUCUAAAAUCUUUCUUAAAAUUUUGUUUUGCAUGCCUAAAGACUUGUAGCAGAACAAGGCAGGUUUAAAUCUAAUGGAUGGAUUACCAGAACUGGCUGUUGAUCCAUCAGUCGGCGGAAUGGAUAACAAUCUGAACAUUGUGUUAUUUGGAAGCCCUGCGGCAGUCCAGUUUCAAGAUGACAAUAUUCUACUUGGAGAAACACAACCAACUGUUGGAAAUGUAGCAAGAUCUAGAAGUGCUUCUUUGCAGAUGAAAAAAUUAGGACAUCCUGUGUCUGUGAUUAAUCUGAUUGGUUUUCAUGAAACUGUGUUUGAUCUGGAUCACAUUGCUGGUCAACUCAUGAAUGAAAAUAAAAUAGUGGCCUUCGUCUUUGUUGUGCGACUGGGACAGUUAACAGAUGCUGAUAAAAUGGGUAUUGAGUGGCUUCAGAGAGUAUUUGGUGACGGAGUUCUUCGUUUUGUGAUGAUUCUCUUUACCUACGAGAGUGAGGAAGAGUCCGACUCUAUAAUUGAUGACCUGAAGAAAAACUUGGCUCUGGAGCAGCUAAUUGAGAAAUGUGGAGGAAGAUAUCACACCUGCAGCAAGAUCAUGAACAAGAAGUCAGACAUAGGAGACCUGAUGAAGAAGAUAGAGCAACUGUUUAUUGAUAAUGACCAGCAGUUUUACACCAAUGAAGAUGUGCAAAACAGGAUAUGUCAAAAAGCAGUCAUGGAAUACACAACACCGGGGACUAAAGAGAAGCGUGAGCUAAACGUGGACAAGCAUUUAGAAGAUGAUGCAAUCACCAGCAUUGAAGAAAAAAAGCAUCUGUUUCAAAGACUCCAUCUUGAUAUAAGACACAAUUUUAAGCUUAAAGCUGCUAAAGUUCUUUUACAAAAUACCUAUUCAUUACAAUCCCACGAGUCCUGUUCUGAAAAGGACCUCAUUCAGACUUUCCUACAAAAACUACUGAUGAUGAACUACAGAUCAAGAUACAUUAAAACUGAAAAUACCAUUGAACAACAUGACAGACCUCAGAGAAACAAUGACUUACUUGAAGAUGAGGCUAAUGUUGAUAUUUUCACAGAAAUGCCUUUGUUUACUGAAGAGAAAAGCCAGAGAGAUCCUAUUCAUCCAAUGGAUGUUCAGAUGGCUGUGUUUUAUUGUGCUGAUAGUUUCUUGAAGCAGCUGAUGGUUACUAAACUGUCUCAGUGUCAGUAUGCUCUGCCCCUGCUUGUUCCUGAUCCAUUCACACGAGAGAUUGAGUUUCCACUUUGGGCAUUCAGACAAAUCAGCAAAAGCUGGAAGAUAAAACAUGCAGCUGGUGAAACCAGCAGUGAAACCCAGCCAGUAUGGAAGGCAGAAACACCAAUGGUGUUUUUCUUCAGGUUUGGCCCAGUGUCUUCAUCCAAAUCUCAGCUAAUGAACAAUCUGAUCAAUGAGAAACACAACACAUUCUUCCACAGAAACUGCUCAGGCAGCAGUGAAACCAGAUUACUGAUGGAUGGAGUGGUGGAGAUUGCCUGGUACUGUCCUUCUGGAAAAGACACUGAUAAAUUUACUCAAUGUGUUGCCUUUUGUAACCUUCAUGGUGAUGCAGGAGACCAUGAGAAGCAGAUGCAGAUCCUCACCAAACUGUCCUCAGUCAAUAUAGUUAUUCUACCUAGACUUGACGAGAAUGACAGAAGUGCCACACUGAUUCAAAACCUUUACAAGGACAAAACACCACUAGUUUGUCUUUUUGCAGAGGAAAAACAUAAAGUAACUGAGACACGAAAAACAAAAUAUAAAAUUGGCUUAAAAGACAGAAAUCAGUCAGAUGUUUCUGAAGAACUUAUACAAACUAUAAAUAAAUGUCUUUCUUUAUCAUCUUCAGAAUCGUCUUCAGUUUUCAGGCUUGAAAAUGUUUCCAAAGACUCAGGAAUCAGAGUAGAUGAGGAACAUGAUGGUGACUGUAGAAGAGGAAAAAAGGCAGCCCAGCAGAUGAUGGACUUACUGAAGGGAAACAAUCUGACAGAAAUCAAAGAAUCAUUUUUGCCCUGUCAAGGGAAACUGUGGCAUCAGUGGUGUCAGAAGAACAAAGAACUUCAUAGAUCUCACGAGGCGUAUGUGGAUAUAAAACAGAAACAGGAAUUGAAGAAAAUUCGUGAAAUGCAGUAUGCAUUGGACACUGGUGAGUUCAUGAAGUUGUUUAUUACAGAAAUGGAUUCAAAACCUCUUAGUGAGAAGUUGUUUUUUCUGAAAUGGCUCACAGUUCUACUGGAUGAAUAUACCUCGACUGACCUUUCUGCACUACAUUGCAAGUAUGAUGAAAAAUGGUCAAAAAUACUAAAAAUGAAAGAAAAAAAUGACAUUACCGAGCAGCAAAUUACAACUAAUUUUAGAGAUGAACAUGCAGAACUUGAUAGGAUAUCAGAAGAACUUCAAGCUGCAACCUUUGGCUUGGAGCACAUCCUGCGGGAGAUUGGUCAGAUCUAUGAAUCGUGUAUAUCAGAGAACAAAAACAAGCAAGGUCUGCCGUGUAGUUUUACUUCUCUCCCAGGUCUUGCGGCAGACAUGAUGAUCUCUGGAUUUCCUCUGGAGCUGAUGGAUGGAGAUGCUGCUCAUGUUCCUGUGGUUUGGGUUACUGCUGUUCUUCAUGAACUCAUCCAGAAACUGGGAGACCAGAGAGUCUUUGUGUUGUCAGUUUUAGGGAUUCAGAGCUCAGGGAAAUCAACUAUGCUGAACGCCAUGUUUGGACUGCAGUUUGCCGUUAGUGCUGGCAGAUGCACCAGAGGAGCUUUCAUGCAACUGAUCAGAGUUUCAGAGGAAAUGAAGAUGAAAGAAAAGCUGAAGUUUGACUAUAUUCUGGUUGUUGAUACUGAAGGGCUUCGCGCUCUAGAAUUGGCUGAAAGAUCAACACGACAUCAGGACAAUGAAUUGGCCACAUUUGUUGUGGGUCUUGGUAAUCUGACAUUGAUCAACGUUUUUGGAGAAAACCCGUCAGAGCUGCAGGAAAUUCUUCAAAUUGUUGUUCAAGCCUUCAUGAGAAUGAAGAAAGUCAAACUGAAUCCCAGUUGCAUGUUUGUUCAUCAGAACGUUUCUACAGUCACAGCUGGAGAGAAAACCAUGGAGGGAAGAAGACGACUUCAGAAGACUCUGGAUGAAAUGACAAAACUUGCUGCUAAAGAUGAAGUCUGUGAUGCAGCAUGUUUCAAUGACAUCAUUAAUUUUGAUAUUCAGGAAGAUGUGAAAUAUUUUGCACAGCUCUGGGAGGGCAGUCCACCAAUGGCACCACCAAACCCAUCAUACUGUGAAAACAUACAGGAGCUUAAGCAAGCAUUUUUUGGCCAUGCUUCAAAAUCAGAUGGCUUAGAGCUGAUGCACCUAAAAAAACACAUUAUUAAUCUGUGGGAGGCCUUACUGAAUGAACGAUUUGUUUUCAGCUUCAGAAAUUGUCUGGAAAUUUCAACAUACCGAAAACUUGAGACAGAAUACAGCAAAUGGUCCUGGAGUCUUCGCAAAACCAUGCUGGAUGUAGAAAACAAACUCCACAAUAAAAUAGAAAACGAAGCACUUCAUGAGAUUUCAGAAAGUCAUCUUCAUGAUGAACUAAGUGUGAAAAUUGAAGAAGUUGAAAGGUUUAUGUCAGAUUUUUUUGCUAAAGACAAAAAUAAAGAUAUUCUGAUACAAUGGAAAGCAUCGUUUGACAUCAAAAUCAAAGAGCUGCAGGAAAAUAUUGUGAGAGAAACAACAAGAAAAUUAAACGAGAUUCUUCAGCAGCGAGACAUAAAGAGAAGGAUUGAUGCACAGAGGACACAUCAUGAAAACACUCUCUUUGAAAAGAGCAAAGAACUUGCAGUAAAACUCAAAGACAAAGCAAACGAUGAAACGAUCCUCAAAAGAGAGUUUGAUUCUUUUUGGAAAGAGUGCGUUAAGCAAAUUACUGCAGAAACUCCACGCAUCAAAAACAUUAAUGUAUUAAAUGACAUGAAACAAUUUCUUAGGAACUAUAAAAGAGUUUGCGUGAAUGACUGGAAAAACAGGGAUAUUUUCUCUGUGCCAAGGUAUUCAGAAUACAUACAAAUAAAGAAAUCUGGUGUCACUACAAGACAUGCCUUCGGAUCAGUUAAACUGAAGUUUGAGGCUGAAACCAAAAUUAGAGCCUUUGUAAAUGACAUUGCUCGUCAAGCAGAUAAAAUAAUCAUGGCAUAUAACAUUGAAAAGAUGGGCUACAACAAAACCUACAUUCAAGAGCUUGCAGAUUAUAUCAAGGCUAGAACUGUAGAUUAUGAGCAAGAUUGCAGGAACUGUGUGUUUAAGAAUGAAUUUUACUUGGAUCUGGUCAUGUCUAUCUGUGAGAGAGAAAACAAGUUAAUCAAAGACCAACACAGGAAGUUCAGGGAAGCCAAUGAUCCUGUUCUUUACUUUGAAAAGAAAAGCAAGGAGUACUAUAAGAUUUUCCAGAAAUACUGUCAAGGUGCGACAUCAGCUGCUAUUUUUGGUGAGAUCAUCUGUCAGAAACUGAAAGAGCCCAUUCAAAAAUGUGUCUACAAAGACACUGCCAGAGAUUUGGCCAAUGAAAUUCAGACAGACUGUGAAUCCCUGAAUGGAAACCGAUCUAAAAUUGAGAAACACAUCCUUAAAGCCCUGGCAGAACAGGAAGAUUUUGACAAGUACAUUAAAUACAUUUUCUCACCCAGAGACCACUUUGAGAGUUUCAUCAGAGAUGAAGUCAAUCAGUACAUCACUGAUAAGUUUGAAGUGAGUGUUCGUCCCAUGAUGAAGCAGAACAUUGAACUCCUGAAGCAGAAGAUCAUAAAAGCAGCUCAUAGAGCGACUACAUCAGACAACACAACCAAAGAUGUUCAGAAGUGGCUGGACGACUUCACAGAGCAGCUUUCCGAUGUGCUUAUAUUCUCUGUAAAGAACUUCAGCGGAGUGAGUCAUGAUGGUGUUGAUGACUUUAACCUCCUGGAAGAUGUGAUAAGAGCAGAACUUGGUUCAGUAGCAUCUGAAAUACAAUGUAAAUUUAGUACAAAGGCAUUUCCAGAAAACCUGGAGCAUGAGGACAGACCAGAUCAGGUUUUGACUGAUCAUCUUUGUCAGUGCUGUUGGGUUCAGUGCCCGUUCUGUGGUGCCACCUGCACCAACACAAUAGAAAACCAUGCUGGAGAUCACAGUGUUCCUUUCCAUCGAGUGGAUGGACUCAAGGGUAGCUGUUAUGAUGAAUCAAAGUGUCUCGGUGCAGAUUUUUGCACAACAUUAGUAAGAACCAGUAAACAGUUUUAUAUAGGUCAGUGGUUUUCAUGUCAAGACUACAGAACAGCAGGACAUGUUUACGCCCAGUGGAGCAUCACUCCUGAUUUCUCUGAGCUGCCAUACUGGAAGUGGUUUGUGUGCAGAUUUCAGACAGAGCUGGAAAAUUACUUUGAAAUGAAAUUUGACAAUUGGAAUGUGAUUUCAUAUGAUUGGAGUCAAUACACAAAGGAGCAAGCUAUUGCCAGUUUGGAUGAAUAUGUUGACUGAAAGAUGAAAAUGAGUUAUGUGUACAUCUCUAAGUCAUAGACAACAGUGAUAAUGUCUAAAAUUGAGUUUGUUUUCUUUCCAUAUAUAUAUAUAUAUAUAUAUAUAUAUAUAUAUAUAUAUAUAUAUAUAAUCUUUGUGUGCUGAAAUAGGGAUUUAAGGGCAUUUUUAGGACACGUUUCCUACUAAAAAUGAUGGUUAAAUAGUAAUUAGAGGGAUAGUUCACCCAAAAAUGACUUUUAUUCAGCAUUUACUGCCCCCAAGUGAUUUCAAACCUGUAUGAUUUUCCCUUUUCUGUUAAACACUACUAUUGACUUCCACCAUAAGAAAAAAAUACUUUGAAAGUCAAUGGUAUUAAGUUUCCAACAUUUUUCAAAAUUUCAUUGUGUUCAACAGAAGAAUCUCAAACAGGUUUGGAACAAGAGAAGGGCAAGUAAGUGAUGGCAGAAUAUUCAAUAUUCGGUGAAAAAUCAUUGUAUUGUCUGUUAACCUUUAACCAUUAAGGAAAAUAAAUAAAUGAAUUCAAUUCAAUUCA